UAAAACUCUCUGUCCAUCUCUCCCUCCCUCCAUCAUCUAAGAUUUCUUCAUAACUUUUUCUCUCCGACCCACGUCGUGCCUCGUCGGGAAAAGCGGUCGGAGGGAGAGAGAGAAAAAAAAUAUAAAAAGAAAAACAGAUAAAAAAAAUGAAUAUAGUUGGGAAAGUAGUAGUAUCGGUGGUAUCGGUACUUCUGUUGGUGGGAGUGGCUUUGGCGGUGGUUGUGGUGGUCAACAACCAUGGUAAUGGAAAGCAUGAAGGAUCAGUCGCCGCGCCGUCGACAUCGAAGAGCAUGGUCGAAUCGGUGUGUUCGAACACAGACUACAAGACGGCCUGCGAGCAAACCCUAAGCCCUCUCUCCCACAACGUCACCGCCGAUUACAAGGACAUUAUCAAGGCCGCCGUGCAAGCCACUGUUGAUCAGGUCAGCAAGUCCCUCAACUUGUCGGAGUCAUUGUUGGUUGAGGCCAACAACAACAAUUCCACUCGGCUGAAGAUGGCCCUUGAGGAUUGCAACGACUUGUUGAGCCUUGCCAUUGGUCAGCUCCAGGCCUCCUUCUCCAUGGUCGGUGACAGUGACAUGCACACCAUCAAAGACCGCUCCGCCGAGCUCAGGAGCUGGCUCAGCUCCGUCAUUUCCUACGCCGAGACCUGCAUUGACGGAGUUGAGGAGCCCAAGUUCCAAGGCCAAUUGAAGGGCACUCUCCAAAACGCCACCGCCCUCACCGACAACGCCUUGGCCAUUGUUUCCACCAUCUCUGAGAUCCUUUCGGCUUUCGGGUUGAAACUGAACCCUAAGGCACUCAACGGACGCCGUCUUCUGAGCGACACGGUGAUCGGAAACGAUGGGCUUCCGACGUGGUUCUCCGCUUCGGACAGGAAGCUCAUGGCUUUGCAUGGCAAUGGGAGAAUUAAACCCCAUGCCGUCGUUGCCAAGGAUGGAAGCGGCCAGUUCAAGACCAUCGCCGCCGCCCUCGCCGCCUACCCUAAGAACCACGUUGGGAGAUACAUCAUCUAUGUCAAGGCCGGAGUUUACAAUGAGUACAUCACCGUCGAGAAGAACAUGGUCAACAUCUUCAUGUACGGAGACGGUCCCAGAAAGACCAUCGUUACCGGUAGAAAGAGCUACACCGGUGGCUUCUCCACCUUUAGAACCGCUUCCUUCUCUGUUAUCGGAGCGGGAUUCGUGUGCAAGGGAAUGGGAUUCCAGAACACGGCGGGACCAGAGGGACACCAAGCGGUGGCGUUGCGAGUGCAAUCGGAGAUGUCGGCUUUCUUCAACUGCAGAAUGGACGGCUACCAGGACACAUUGUACGUGCAGGCGGGUCGGCAAUUCUACCGCAACUGUGUCAUCUCGGGUACAAUCGACUUCAUAUUCGGUGACGCCACAGUGGUGAUCCAGAAUUCUCUACUGAUCGUGAGGAGGCCAAUGGACAACCAGCUCAACGCCGUGACCGCCCAGGGCAGGAAGGAGAGACACCAGCCCACGGGUAUCGUCAUCCACAACUGCAGGAUCGUCCCAGAGCAGAAGCUCUUCGCUGACAGGUUCAAGAUCCCAACCUACUUGGGCCGCCCAUGGAAGGAGUUCUCCAGGACUGUCAUCAUGGAGUCCACUUUGGCCGACUUUAUCCAGCCCGCCGGUUGGUUCCCUUGGGCCGGUAACUUUGCCCUAGACACUCUCUAUUACGCCGAGUACGCCAACCGUGGGCCCGGCGCCAGGACCAACCGGAGGGUCCACUGGAGAGGCUACCACGUCAUUGGCCGACAUGAGGCCCAACAGUUCACGGUGGGCCAGUUCCUUGAGGGACAGAGGUGGUUGCCCGCCACCGGAGCUCCCUUCCUCCCGAGUUUCAAGUGGUGAUCGUGAUCGCGAUCGUGAUGAUCAG